ACGGCGGCGCGUGACGUCACCGGCGGGGCGCGGGGGGAGGAGCCUCGGGCCGGGUCUGGGUCUGGGUCUGGGUCUGGGUCUGGGUCUGGGUCUGGGUCUGGGUCUGGGUCUGGGUCUGGGUCUGGGUCUGGGUCUGGGUCUGGGUCUGGCGCUCCGUGUUCAUUUCGGGGCGGUCCAGCCGAGCCGUGCGGCUGCCUUUAGCUCGGGCUGUGCUGUCAGGCUGCCCCGGAGCCGUGCCUGGCAUUCCCUGGGUACAUCUCACACAAACCGUACUCGGGCUGUGGGGUACCGAGCAGUUGGCAUUGGAUGGGAGCUGUAAAUUAUUAUCUGUGCUAAUGUGGCAGUGCACGUCUAUUCUUUCCUCUUCUUUAUUUCUUUUAGAUUUAUAUGUAAUGCUAUUUUUCAAUAAAGGUUCCAAAAUAAUAAUAAUUUUAUUAUAUGGAAACUUCAGAUGCACUUUACAGUUAAAAUGUGACUAUUUUAUGGAGCUAAAAAUAUCUAAAAAACUACCCGAAAUUUUAUAUCUUUAUGUUGUAGACAAUGUCUGUUAAGUCUAAUUUAGAAAGCUUCUACCUGUGUCAGCUUUAGACACCCCUAAAAUACCGUGGGCCCGGCAGGGGGUCCUGCCUGAGGGCCCCUCAUGGCACCGCCUCACUUGGCUCCCGUUCCUCUCCCUGCCCUGGGAAGCCCAAUAAUUCGCCUCCGGGAGAGGCUGGCGAGCGCCUUGGUACAACCUGCCUCACGCUGUGUGUUAGAUCUUGGCCUGGUUAAUUGAUAGAAGGCUUUCCUGGUGCCUUAUUCCUCAGUAUUUUAGGCUUUUUCAAUUAAUUUGGCUAAUGUAGCCCUGCUCCAUAUCUGUUACUUGCCUUUUCCUCAAGCCAGCCUGCCUGGAGCAGACUUGGAAGCUGGGCUACUUUCCAUCUUUCUCCAGGAAACAGUUCCUUAUUCCUGGGAAUAGUUCUAUGAAAGCAGAGGAUCUCCUGUGAUUAUGAAAACCCAAAGGUUCCAGUGCCCUGCCCUGCCAGCCACAGGCCAGAAUCUUUACAGAUGCAGAGACUGUCUGCAGGGAUCUGCUGCCUCAUUCGGAGGAGACCCAGGGUGAAGGCAUAGAGCCAGCAGGGUUUGCAGGAGCCAAGGACAGUCUUUGAGGCAGACAUUUCUUGUGAGUGCCAGGGACUGUCCCAGUCCUUGGCACCAGUGGUGAGAGCCAAGUGGCAUUUGUUGGUGCUCUGCAUCUUUGUCCUGUCAAAGAAGAGGAGAAAAAAAUACAAGGAGAAGAAAAUGGAUGGUAUAAAGACAUGAAGAUGAAGAAUGGAACCAUGGAACGAGGGCAAGACAGGAAGUCUCUGUGGACUUCUUUUGCUGAUGGCAGAGUCAGACUGAGAAUAGAUGAGUCAUGCCCACAGACUCCCAUAACAGUUCAUCAGAUGUUCAAGGAGAGCCUGGAAAAAUAUGGGUCCCUUAAUGCUUUGGCCAGCAAAAAGAAUGGAAAAUGGGAGAAAAUAACUUUUUCAGAAUAUUAUUGCCUCUCUAGGAAAGCAGCCAAGAGCUUCUUGAAGCUUGGUCUGGAACGAUUCCAUAGCGUAGCAAUCCUUGGAUUUAAUUCUCCAGAAUGGUUCAUCUCAGCUGUUGGAGCUGUUUUUGCUGGAGGAAUUGUCACAGGGAUAUAUACAACCAAUUCUCCAGAGGCCUGUCACUACAUUGCCCAUGACAGCAAGACUGAUAUCAUGGUUGUGGAAAAUCAGAAACAGCUGGACAAGAUAAUGCAGAUCUGGAAUCGGUUGCCCCAUUUGAAGGCUGUGGUGCUGUAUAAGGACUCCAUUGCAGAGAGACAUCCAAAUUUGUACACGAUGGAAGAGUUUCUGGAGCUGGGAGGUGACGUCUCUGACAGUACUUUGGAUGGCAUUAUUAACUCCCAAAAGCCGGAUCAGUGCUGUGUUCUGAUAUACACCUCUGGAACAACGGGGAACCCAAAAGGAGCCAUGCUCAGUCAUGACAACAUAACUUGGACAUCAGCCCAUUGCAGCAGAGCAGGAGGUAUGCAACCUGCAGAGGUCCAGCAGGAAUCUAUAGUCAGUUAUCUCCCACUCAGCCAUAUAGCUGCACAGAUCUAUGACCUGUGGACAGGAAUCAAAUGGGGAGAGCAAGUUUACUUUGCUGAGCCAGAUGCUCUGAAGGGCAGCUUGAUCAACACACUAAAAGAAGUGCAGCCAACAUCUCACAUGGGAGUUCCUCGAGUAUGGGAGAAAAUCAUGGAGAAGUUAAAGGAUGCUUCUGCUCAGUCAGGAUUUAUGAAAAAGAAAAUGUUUUCCUGGGCUAUGUCACUUAGCUUAGAGAGGAACCUGAACGGCUCAAACAGCAGUGAUCUAAAGCAGCUCUGGACAAGAUUAGCAGACUGGUUAGUGCUUGCAAAAGUCCGUAGUGCACUGGGGCUUUCUUCCUGUCAGAAGCACUUUUCUGGUGCUGCUCCUCUCAAUACAGAAACACUGUAUUUCUUCUUGGGUCUGAACAUCACCCUGUAUGAGGCUUAUGGGAUGAGUGAGACCACAGGCCCACAUUGCCUAUCUGGGCCUUACCUUUACAAGCAGCACAGCUGUGGUAAACCAGCACCUGGAUGCAGAGUGAAACUGGUGGACAAAGAUGCAGAAGGCAAUGGAGAAAUCUGUUUCUGGGGAAGGACUGUUUUCAUGGGUUAUUUAAAUAUGGAAGACAGAACAAAAGAAGCCUUUGAUGAGGAGGGGUGGCUGCAUUCUGGAGAUUUAGGAAAGCUAGACAAGGAUGGCUUUCUCUAUGUCACGGGAAGAAUUAAAGAUUUGAUUAUUACAGCGGGAGGUGAAAACGUGCCUCCAAUUCCAAUUGAAGAUGCUGUGAAAAAAGAACUUCCAAUUGUUAGUAAUGCUAUGGUGAUUGGAGAUAAGAAGAAGUUUUUGUCAAUGUUCCUGACCCUAAAGAGUGUGCUGGACCCAGAUACAUCUGAUCCUACUGACAUUCUGACAGAGCAAGCCAGAGACUUCUGUCAGAGGAGUGGCAGUAAAGCCACCAAAGUGUCCGAGAUCGUAGCUACAAGAGACGAGGCGAUCUACAGAGCCAUCCAGGAGGGCAUCGACAGAGUCAACAGCACUGCUACCAACAGGGUUCACUGCAUUCAGAAAUGGAUUGUCCUGCCAAGAGAUUUUUCCAUUUCUGGGGGAGAACUAGGUCCCACAAUGAAGCUGAAGCGGCUUGCUGUGCUCGAGAAAUACCGAAAUGAAGUAGACUCCUUCUAUAAAGAAUAAAAAGUGUUUCCUCCAAGCAGUAAGAAAGAUCUGUAAACAAAAGGAAGUAUUUUCUCAUCAAAAGCAUUAACCAAGAUAUAUGCUUUAAGUUUGUAGUAUAUUGAAGCAAACCACUAGAAAGCUGCUGUCAAUUUAAUUGUUCCUGACACUCACCUCAUCAUUUGUCCUCUUUUUACAGAUGUAUUUUUCUAGUGUGUCCAUUCUCUAGUACUGCUUUUACUUUAUGACCUUAAUGACUAAAACAUCUUUCUGUGUUGUAUAAAGCAGAUACAACUAAUUCCUCUAGAUUGAAACAUAACAAGGUUUUUAUACAGUCUUCCAUUUUUCUGUUUUUGCUUUUGUUCUACAGGAUGUUUCCUGUAGCUCAUGAUGUAUUUUGCUAGAUAGCAGUACUGCUUAAUGAAACUGUCAUACCAUUCCAGUGAUAAUUAUUAAAAAAAAAAAAAAAGGUCAAAAGAGCUGGGAUUUUUUUCCUUUCCCAGAGAACACUUUCUUGUUCACUAACACAUUUCAGAACCUGAAGACAUUCUAGUUUCUGUAAUACCCAGAAUUCAGACUUCUGUGAACAUAGCAGUUCGCUUCCUAAGUCCAUGUUGGAAUACGCAUUACUAUUUCUCAUAAAAACAAAUAAUCAGAAGAAGUAGGGGAAUAGCUCCCUAAGACUCAAAGGCACAAAGGAAUAACUUCAGGAGCUCUCACAUAAAAAUGCUAUUACAGAAACUUCUUUAAAAUUGUUUAGAGUGCUAUUCUUUGAGCAGUGUUUGUCAGUGUGUAUCUGCCUGUUUCAGUAUUCGCAUUGCACUAAUUCUGACAAAUGUGGGUUGCAUUUCUUCUUACCCAAAAGCAAAAUAAAUCAUAUUAUGAGAAGGAAA